CCAUUUCCCAAAAUAUUUGAGAAAAUUAUUAACUUGUUAACGCAUUUUAUGGGGGAAAUGACCUUGAACUGAUUUUCGCAUCCCCUUAACUUUUAGAGAAAGCAGUAAAAUUCCUUUCCCUUUUUGUUUGCAUUUCAUACAGGAAAUGCAACGUCACUAGAAAAGGGGGGAAAGGGUCAAAUUCCUUGAAUAGGAAAUGAGCAGAGAAGAUAAAAUGAAUGGGUCAUCAAAGUGUGUGGUCCCUGGUCCCUUAUUGACAUGUCCUAUUAUCCCCACCCCCACUGUUCACUUCCUUUCUAGAAAAACUUUCAAUGUUCACUCAGUAGAGCUCCGUUCUCGAAAUCGCCUCCUGUUUUUAGAUUGCUGAUCAGAGUGCUGCUUGUUGCUUUUCUUGCGGCUGCAAAAUGUCGAAGCGAAAGUGCCUGACUAUUAAAGAAAAAAAUUUAAUUCUUCAAGAAGUGGAUAGAGGUGUAAAAAAAAAAGAUAUUGCAUCAAAAUUUGGUAUUCCUUCAAGCAGCUUAUCAACGAUAAUAAGAAACCGUGAUAAGAUUGAAAACAAUGAUUUACCAAAUCCUUGUUCAAAACGUUUGAAAACAUGUGUCUAUGAAGAUGUGAAUGAGGCAGUUUUGAAGUGGAUACACGCAAUGCGAGAUAAAAACGUGCCGAUCUCUGGACCUUUAAUAACCGAGAAAGCAAUGCAAUUUGCAAAGGCAUUGGGACACGAUGAAUUUCGAGGAAGUAGUGGAUGGCUUGACAAGUUUAAAAGAAAACAAGGAAUUGUAGGAAAAGUUAUGUCUGGUGAAAGUAAUGACGUCAGUGAUAAGGACUGUGAAAGUUGGAUUGCAGAGACUCUUAAUAAAAUUUUAAAAGAUUAUAAGCCAGAAAACAUUUUUAAUGCUGAUGAGACGGCUUUAUUUUUUCAAUGUUUGCCUCAAAAGACCCUAACAUUUAAAAAUGAAAAAUGCUUUGGAGGAAAACACAGCAAAGCAAGAAUAACUAUCAUGCUAGGGGCAAAUAUGACUGGCAAUCAAAAAUUAAAACCCUUAAUUAUAGGAAAAAGCAAAACUCCAAGAUGUUUUAAGGGCACAAAAUCUUUGGAGGUUGAUUAUGAAUUCAACAAAAAAUCAUGGAUGACGGCAGACAUUUGUGAAAAAUGGAUUCAAAAGUUGGACAAACUUAUGAUUGCAGAGCAUCGCAAAAUUGCUCUAAUUUUCGACAAUUGCCCUGCCCACCCGAAGGAUAUCAACAAAAAACUGAAAAACAUUACAGUUUUUUACUUGCCUCCAAACACUACAUCGAAGCUACAACCAAUGGAUCAAGGGGUGAUUCAAAACUUUAAACUGCACUACCGCAAAAGAAUGGUACGAAAAGUUAUCGCUGCGCUUGAAAAUAAGCAAUCAAUGCCAAAGAUCAAUUUGCGAGAAAGCAUAACAGAAAUUUCCAAAGCAUGGAACUCUGAUGUUACAGAUCGCACCAUUCGUAACAGUUUUGCUAAAGCUGGAUUCUUUGUCAACGCUGAGAAUUUGGAAAGUGAGGACGAGGAUGAUAUUCCUUUAGAGGAACUUAAAAAAAUGUGGGUAUAGCUAAGAGAGAACCACGAAAUUAAUGAUGAUGUACGGAUAAAUGAUUAUCUUUCUAUUGAUUCUGAAGCUGAAACCACCGAAACAUUAACUGAAUCAGAUAUUUUAGACUUUGUGAAAAAUAAAAACAAUACAGCUAUAAAUUGUGAGGAAGACGAAGAAGAUGAAGACGGAAAUGAUGAAGAAAUUAGCAAACCUUCAUAUGAUGAAAUGUUAAAAUCCGUGGAAACAAUUCGACGUGGAUUGCAGUUUGAGGAGAAUACGCCUGAAUGAAUUUUUGGUGCAUUACAAAAAUGCGAGACCUAUUAUGAGAAAAAACACUUUUACAAACAAAAAACUCAGACAAAAUUAACAGACUUUAUCAAUAGUUAUAAAAUUU